GCCAGCUCGUUAGAUCAUAUUGUCCAUUUCGUCUGAGACUUUGUGAAAUCAAAGAAGUGUUUUCCCCGGAGUCGUUUUAGGAUGUUAUGACUUUUCUCCUUUGCAAGAUAGUUCAUGGAACAAGCAGCUCUUCGCAAUGUCACGUUGUCUUCAAAGUUUAGGGUAAAGGCUACCCAAUGAGAAGGCCCUGUCUCUGCAUCCUGUACUCCCUACCAUCCUCAGAGGAGCUUCAGUUUCUAGCGCCUUUUUAGCAUUUAGAGAGACUUCUCCAGAGUCAUGAUCAUAAAGGCUUGACCCGUUUACUAGGAGAGAGAAGUUGUCUCCUGAUCCCCAAAAUGGCUGCUAAAAUGGAGAUAACUUUGAGCUCCCACACUCAUGCUUCCUCCAAGCAAGAGAGACAUAUAAUAACAAAACUAGAAGAGAAACGGGUACUUGCUCCACCAAAAAACUGCCCGGAUCCUGAGCUUUCUCGUCAGAAUUUCAGACGGUUUUGUUAUCAAGAGGUGUCUAGCCCCCAAGAGGCACUCUCCAGGCUCCGACAACUCUGCCAUCAGUGGCUGCAGCCUGAGCUGCACACCAAAGAGCAGAUUUUAGAGCUUCUGGUGAUGGAGCAGUUCCUGACAAUCCUGCCCCCAGAGAUCCAGGCUCGGAUCAGGCAUCGAUGCCCAAUGAGCAGUAAGGAGAUUGUGAGCCUGGUGGAAGAUUUUCACAGAGCAUCCAAGAAACCAAAGCAGUGGGUGGCCGUUUGUAUGCAGGGGCAGAAGGUACUUUUGGAGAAAACUGGAUCCCAGCUCGGAGAACAGGAACUGCCAGACUUUCAACUGCAAACUCCCAGGACAGAUCUCAGGGAGAGCUUGUUGGAGGAGCCUUCCCAGGCAGAAUCUCAUGAUCAGCUGAGCCCCCAUCAUUGGGAGAAAUCCCCACUCUUCCAGGAACCAGCCCCCAAAUUAGCUGGGACAGAGGCCCCCAGAAUGAAAAGUGACAACAAGGAAAAUCCACAACAGGAAGGGGCUAAAGGAGCAAAGCCAUGUUCUGUGUCAGCUGGCAGAUCCAAAGGGAAUGGUCUGCAGAGUCCUGAACCAAGAGGAGCAAACCUGAGUGAACCUCGGUUGUCACGGAGGCAGGUCAGCCCCCCAAAUGCUCAAAAGCCAUUUGUUCACUAUCAGAGACAUUGCAGGGAACUGGAAUACAUCAGCAGCCCACUAAAAAGUCACCCACUGAGAGAGCUGAAAAAAAGCAAAGGAGGUAAAAAAAGCCUGAGCAAUCGUUUGCAACGUCUUGGUCACCAGCCAACCCGCUCAGCAAAGAAACCCUACAAGUGUGAUGACUGUGGGAAAAGCUUCACAUGGAAUUCAGAGCUGAAAAGACACAAGAGAGUCCACACAGGAGAGAGACCCUACACUUGUGGAGAGUGUGGAAACUGCUUUGGGCGGCAGUCAACCUUGAAGCUGCACCAGAGGAUUCACACUGGAGAGAAGCCAUACCAAUGUGGCCAGUGUGGGAAAAGCUUUCGCCAGAGCUCAAACCUUCACCAGCAUCACAGGCUCCACCAUGGGGACUGAAAGGAGUGCUCCUUGCUUUAGAUUCACCAGGGAAGGUACUUGUGUUUCUGCUUCCCCUUACUUGCAUGUAAAUCACAAAGACUGUCUGUGUAACUUACAAGGAGAGCAAGAGGCCUGUGAGGAAUGAAGGUGCACAGUGAGGAUCCCCAGAAGAGGCUGACCAGGACCUGACUGUGCACAGUGAUAAGGUGAAAAAGUGACAGAUCCAGGCAUUGGAUCAAAGAUAACUGCAGUCUCUGCAGAGAGCAGGGACUACUGUAGGAGAAUCGGGGCAAUCCUACUGGUGGCCCCUUAUUGUUAAAUCAUCCCCCCAUUGCUCUAAAAUAUGUUAAAGGGUAAAUUAUAUGUAUAGUUAUGCAUUUGCUGUCAUACCAGACAAUUUUUAUCAUGCUCAUACUUCUUUAAUAAAAAUGAGUGGCCAUCAGAAUUU